GUACUAUCUUCCCCGUGUCGCAACGGCUGUUGUAGUUCCUGACCUCGGAACAUCAUCGUCCGCCUCUCCUAGUCUGAACAAGUUGCGCAAAGUGAUAAACUCACAAGCAUCAUUACCGGGCCACCUCGAAACGACGGGCACAACAGCCUCGAGGAGGCUGUCGGAUUCGUACUGUCUUCCAACACAGAACGCGGAGGUUUUUACCAUUUAUUUAUUGGACCUGCUUUUUCUGAAACACGGAAAUUUCAUCCAUUCCAAGUGCUUUCCAAUGCCUCUCCGUUUCUGCUCGCAUGCAAGUGGCCAGCGUUUUGGCGAUUUACGCUACCACAGUUAAGUGAUCAAGUCUGCAUGAACCGCGGGCGCGAAGGCUACUUCAACGUAUUCUACUUCAUCGAGCGCAUUCAGGACGCGGUAACUGAUUACUCGAGUCUCACACUACCAUAGAGAAAUAAUUUAUCCAUAUUUCUUGAUAGAAUCGGGGACCGGGGAGGGAACGUCACGACGAAGCGUAUGCGUGACACGUAGAAAAGUGAAGACAAUGAUUUGCAUUGGUCCUGUCUGCGUGCCUAUAUGGCAGCUGGGCAUCGUCGGGGCAUUUCUUUUGAAACCUCUCAAGGAUUUCGCGACUUACGCGUACAGUCGAUGCUGCAAGCACCGGGCACACUCCGCGCACACCGGAGCACAAGGGCUGAAUGCAGAGAACGUGCAACUGUUUCGGAUGACGGAUGCAGCUCUCAAGAGCACAGGAGGCGAACACCCGUCCCAAGCGGUGUCUGUUCACUCUGAUAGCGAGUUGGCUGCGCUUCGAACACGAUUGUCAAAUGGCCCCAAGCGGCAGAUUGUUUUUGCUGACUUCGGCGCUACGUGGUGUCAACCGUGCAAAGCAAUGUCCCCCUUUUUCGAGGCGCUUAGUGGCUUUUACGAGGGGACGUUCUUGAAGAUGGAUGUGGAUGAGUGUCCCGACAGCGCAGACGACGCGGCUAUUCAGGCACUGCCCACUCUUUGCGUCAUGGUACCCUCCGAAGGAAAAUGGGAGGUCAUAGCGCGUGCUGUUGGCGCUAACCGCCGCGACUGGGAGAAUCUCGUGGCAACUCAUUCGAUGCCUCGUCAAGCAGACAGCCGGUCUUCAAAUGAAUAUAAUGAGUCAGAAAAAGAUAAAUAAUGUCGUGCGAACCGUGUACGAAAUGAAUUUUCUUUUGCGGGUGCGCACCUACCACCGAACAAAGCACUUUGCGUGCAAAACAUGCUAUUUUCACUGUUAAACUCCCUUUACACGGGGAGAGUGCACUGUCUGGAAGGCAAUUUCCGUGUCACCUUGGUGUAAAUAGGUGGUCUUUAUGCGUUCCGACUGAAGAAACAAAACGAAAGUGUUGUAUGACGUGGAGCGUUUCACUCGACAUCAGUUCAUAUAUUCCAGCCCCACAUACUGCGCUGGCGUGAUGUUUUCUGAGGGAUACUGCGCCUUUAAUGUGCCACAUGUCAGAAAAUCCAGACUUAGGACGAAUACAAUCCCAUUCUUGUCGAUGCCAACAUAGCCGUUCGUCUGCAUUUGUUGCUGUUAGCAUAAGGCUGCUUAUGAGAGACACCUAUUCGCUCUGACGCUCCGGGACAUGCGUAGUCAGCUCCCGUUGACAUCACUGUAGGCAGAUGUUGGUACAGUACCUGUGUGACUGCAGUCAGUGCUGCUCGCAGUUCCUUUGUCCUCUCUGAUUUCAACAUUACUGUCGUUUUCCCGCGUGACCUCGUCUCAGAGUAAGUUUUGAGGCACUUCGUUGCCCAGGACAUACUGUCGGGAUCCGAAAGUUUUCGUGCAUG